AUGGGGAAGGAGGUAGCGAUUAUUGGAGCUGGAAUAAGUGGCCUCUUGGCUUGCAAAUACGUUCUGUCAAAGGGUUUUCAGCCCAUUGUUUUCGAGUCACGUAGUGGGAUCGGAGGCCUGUGGACCAAAACCAUCGAGACCACUAAGCUCCAAACUCCCAAACCAGCCUACCAAUUCUCUGAUUUCCCAUGGCCGUCGUCGGUGGAGGAGAUGUUCCCUGACCAACAUCAAGUCUUGGAUUACAUCGAAUCGUACGCACGCCAUUUCGACCUGGUGAAGCACAUCAAGUUCAACUCCGUGGUUCGUUCGCUUGAAUAUGAUGCCUCCGAGCAAGAUAUGCAACACUGGGCUCUUUCGGGUGGCGAUGGUGAGGCUUGUGGCUCUCGAGGGAAGUGGAAUCUCGUUGUUCAAGAAGAUACCAAUGGGGAACAGGUUUACACGGUAGACUUUGUGAUCCUAUGCAUAGGACGAUUUAGCGAUGUGCCAAACCUUCCCGACUUCUCUCCAGACAAUGGGCCCGAUGUCUUUCACGGCGAAGUCAUUCACUCAAAGGACUAUUCCGCCAUGGAUUUCAAAGUCGCCGCAGAAUUUGUCAAAGGCAAGCAAGUCACUGUCGUUGGCUUUCAGAAAUCUGCUCUCGACAUUGCAAUGGAGUGUUCCGCUGCAAACGGGGUGGAAAAUCCAUGCACUGUGUUAUACCGAACAGAACACUGGAAUAUUCCAGAUUACACUCCAUGGGGUUUCCCUUUAGCUAAUUUAUACCUUAAUCGCUUCUCUGAAUUGCUUGUUCAUAAGCCCGGCGAAGGUUGUCUACUUGGUCUCUUAGCUACCCUACUUUCUCCUGUGAAAGAGGCAUUCUCAAAAUUUGUGGAGAGUGGCAUAAAGCAUAAGCUACCAUUGGAGAAGCAUGGAAUGGUACCGAAGAGAAGCUUUCAUCAGCAAAUAAAUACAUGUUUAGUGGCGACUGUGCCUGAAAAGUUCUACGAUAGAGUUGAAGAGGGAAGCAUUAUUUUGAAGAAGGCACCAACUUUUGGUUUCUGCAAGGAAGGUAUUUUGGUUGAGGGUGAAACCAACCCAAGAAACACUGAUGUGGUCAUAUUGGCCACUGGAUACAAAGGUGACCAAAAACUCAAAGACAUUUUUACGUCCCCAACCUUUCAAAACUACAUUGUUGGAGACCCUAAUGCUACAUUGCCCCUAUAUAGGGAAUGUGUUCAUCCAAAAAUUCCACAGCUGGCGGUGAUUGGAUUCUCAGAAAGUGUAUCAAACUUGUACACCUCAGAGAUGAGAUGUCGAUGGCUAUCAGAACUUUUGGACGGGACUUUUAAGCUACCUAGCAUCAAAGAAAUGGAGGAGGAUGUGGCUAAAUGGGAUGAGUACAUGAAGCGUUACUCUGGUCAGUAUUACAGGAGAUCAUGCAUAGGUGCCAUCCAUGUAUGGUACAAUGACCAGUUGUGCAAGGACAUGGGUUGGAAUCCCAAAAGAAAGAAGGGGUUUUUUGCUGAAUUAUUUGAGCCUUAUGGACCAAUGGAUUACGUUUCACCCUAA